CUUUUGCCUCUCGUGAUUGGCCGGCUAGACCACGCUGCCUUGAGAAACAGGAAGAGUUCUGCUUUUACAUGUGUUUUGCACAGGGGGGAAGAGGAGUGGGCAUCGCAGAGACACCGUUUGGAUGUACAAGGUUUUAUUUCAGGGCAGCAAGAUGAAGAAGCAGGGGGAAAGCCAGUGCACUCAGAAGACCAUCUCAUUGCUGAGCCCCCUGGGGACGAUCCAAGUCAGUGGAUGUGAGAAUGGUGUGCACACCAUCCAGAUCCUAAUGGAUGUCGCACCUGCUGAAAGGAGCAGCGGGGCCCCCCUGAGCUGUGUGGUCAACGAUAGCCUGGCAGAAACGAGCCCUGAGUUGCAGCGCUGCGUUGAAUGGCUCCAGGCGUACUUCAGUGAGCCGCAGACCACUGGGAGUCUCCCGCUCCCUGCCUUUCACCACCCCGCCCUGCAAGGAGAUUCAUUCACCAGCCGUGUGCUGCAGGUACUUCUGAGAGAUGUGACGUUCGGAAAGACGGUUUCAUACAAACGCCUCGCCGAGAUGGCGGGAAACCCCAGAGCGGUGCGGGCGGUGGGAGGGGCUAUGAGGAAGAAUCCGGUUCCUCUCCUCAUUCCUUGUCACCGAGUCAUUUCUAGCAGUGGACAGAGUGGGCCGUACAUGAGCGGCAAGGGCAACCAUCUCAAACAAUGGCUGCUCACCCAUGAGAGGCAGGGAGGGGAAGGCUAAAGCAUGACAGAGCCCAACUGUCCUUCA